CUUUGUUCUGCUGAUCUUUCCAUCUUCAUUCAUUAAAUAUUUCACUUUCAUCUGAAUGAAAAGUAAAAUAUGAAAGGGCCUACUGAGAAAAAUUUUGAAGGCAUAUACGCAAAUCCUCGUUUCAUGCAUGCUGCUGGAAUGAUUGUGGGUUGUAUUGUUCAUGUCCAAGUCAAAAGCGGUUCUAUGUAUGAAGGUGUUUUGAGGACAUUUUCAAGCAAAGCUGAUUUUGUACUUGAGAUGGCUCGUAAAGUAGAUUGCAAGCGAACAGCAAAUAAUUCAGCUGGGCUUUCAAACUCUCUGUCAACCAUAACUAGUCCUGAAGAAAUAAUUGAAAAAAUAGUAUUUAAAUUUGAUGAUGUAGUUACAAUCAAUGCUCCAAAUGUAGAUCCAGAAUUUGCUACACGGGAAUCAUUCACUGAUACUGCCAUUAGUAAAUUCAACGGCCAAGUGCUUGAAAGAGAAUUGGAACCUUGGGAUGGUGGUUCAUUAUCAACCGAUGGUUUAUCUGAAAUUGGUGGAACUGAAGAAGCUAAUGGAUGGGAUCCAAAUGACAUGUUUCGGACAAAUGAAGAAAAAUAUGGCGUAAAAUCUUCAUUUGACAGUAACUUGCCUGGAUAUACCAUCCCAUUAAAUAAACAAAAUACUGAAGAAUACAAGCAACAAGAAGCCAAAGCUACUAAAAUAGCUCAAGAAAUAGAAAGUGGCUUUCAUCAUAAAACUAGAGCUGCUCUUGAAAAUGGUGAUGAAGAGGAUAGGUUUAGUGCUGUUGUUCGGCCAGAAAAUGCCAACAAUAACAAUUUCAGGUACGUCUCACAUCGUACCAGAAAGCCACAAAAUGUUAGAAACAUUCGAAGUAGCCCGGCGCCUUCACAUCACACAAACAGAAAUUCUCAUCCACAUUCCCAAGUAUUCCACAGAGUUUCUAGUCCAGCUUCUGCUGUAAAUAAUUCUCAGGGAAACUAUAAAAUGGUGAGUUCCGUCUCAUCUACAACGUGUGUUACUACUUCAUCUCCAAGACCUACACCAACUUCCACUCCCACACCACGGCAGUCAGUAGUGCCACCUAGCCAAAUGCCAAUACAGCAGCCAUCACCCCCUGCACAAUAUCAGACGGUGCCGGUUACAAGUACUGUGUUAAGUGGCAACACUACUGUUUCUCGUGCGACACCUCCUGCUACUCCAACAGUGCCUCAAGGAGAAGAAAACCACAAAAUUAAUGGAGAAGCAGAGAAGGCUGAAUUGAAGUUUGCUCCUAAACCUCCACGUUCCCUCAAUAUUCAGUCUGUUUCUAAUAAAGACAUGCGAGAUACAGCUAGUAACCAGCAAGUUGUCAAUAAAAAUGUUGAAAGAAGGAAAGAGAUGGAAAAGAAAACUAUGGGUCAAAAAGCACGUGAUGAUAAAACUGAAGAUUUGAAAAGAUUUCAUGCUAAAUUUAAACUGUCUGAAGAUGGUAAAGAUACCUAUGAUGGAAAAGACUCUUCACCUAAAACAGAAUCACAGUCAAAUAUUAAUGUUGGGCCGUCAUUGCCUGCCAAACACCAAAAUAAGGAAAAACCAAAAGAAGAAGAACGAAAGAUUGAAAGUAUUCCAGAGAAUCGUGCAAGUCCUGAUAAUCCUAAAAGUUCUACAUUGAAUCCAAAUGCAAAAGAAUUUGUGUUCAAUCCGAAUGCUAAAACAUUCACACCUCGAGGAAUUCCCAUGCAGACUGUGGUGGCUCCUCCAGUUCAACCUCCGCCUCGUCUUCACACGCAAAGUCCAAUAAUGGCCAUGCAUCAGCCCCACAUGUUGCCUGGAAUGGCUCAAACUGUUUUCAACAUGGCUCCUCAUUAUGUUGUGUCAGCCAACCCUGUGUCUGUUCCCAUGGCUCCACCAUUUACACCUGCGGCAUCGGUUACUCAGGCUCCCCGAUUUAGAAAAGAUCAAGAAUAUGGUUUAGAUAUGGGACUUAAUCAGUAUGAAGACGUGAUCUUUUCAGCUAUGCCCAUGACUCUACAAAGACAUGAUUUGUCGCAGCCGGUCCAUGUCCAAGCAGCUACGGGUCAACCAAUCUUGGCUCAGCCUACACUCUCUGCGCCGCAAUUUACAAUUCAGUACGCUCCUACGCCUGGGAUGCUCCACCCCCCUGGACCUCCACAACAGCUUGCUUAUGCUCAGAUGUACUCGCUGAUGCCUAGGGUUUUAACUCCACAACCAGUUGGAAUGGUGCCAACAUCAGCAGCAUAUGGAGAUAAUCCUCAGCUCCCUACUCAUGUUUACAUGCCUCAUCCAGGAACUCCUAGUCUCCAGCAUGCAAUGGCAUCUGCCAACAGCGGGCAACAUUCGGCUCCAUCUACACCACAGUCCCAGACUCCAAACCUCCACCCUGCUCCAUCUCCAGUUCAUCAGCCUCCACCCCCACCUCCUCAACAGAAUCCCUCUGGCAACCACGGCCAACCCCCCACCCCCACUGGUCACCCCGGCAAUGCCCCCACCCCGCAACCUGUAAUGUAUGCCACCCAUGGACACAUAUCUGCUCAGCAUCCUCUGCAUGCGGCCAACCACCCCUCUACCGGUCAAGGUCACCCUUUUGCCACUGCGGCAUCUUAUGCAGGUGGGCCUCAACCGAUUGUCUUGCUUCAACAACAGCCCCAUGCUCCUCAUCCGGCAACAUUUGCCUCUUCCCUUCAGAGCCAUCCUUUGCAUGGCCAGACACCAGGAAGUCAUGUCGGCACUCCCACUCAUGUUUUACCGCAUACCCAGAUGGCGAUGAUACCCACAAGUGCAGCUAUGGUUCACACUCCGACUGCCAUCAGUACCGGGCAUUAUGUGCCGCACUCUCAAGGUAUUUCUGCAGGCAGGACGUCUUUUUCGAUCUCUGCAAAACCAUUCAUCUGAUCCUGACUUGUGUCCAGGAGUUUUAGUGUGAAGUCGGUGUAGCUGUAGUUAAAAACGAUGGGAAUGUGCAACAUGAAAACAAGCUGAGCUGCUGUGUAACUUAUUGUAAAAUGCUAGUGAGAAAUAGUCUGCAAGAAUAGCCAUUACAUCAUAGAAAUAGUUACAAAAAAUAGAACAUUUCUUUUGUUACCAGAUAUACCAACAUUUUCUAACAAACUGCUGUCUUAGAUUAAUAAUGCGCUAUGAAACUAAUAUAAUAAAAUUGAGCUCUAAUAUAUAUAUGUAUAUAUAUACAUAUAUAUAUAC